CUUUGGGCUCGAGAUUUGUUAGGAUACGGCCAUCUUUAGCAGCAUUACUGUAGACAUUUUUAGUUUGUAAAUAUAGAGGUGCAGUUUGUAAUAUAUGUAAAUGACACGAUGCCGGUUAAAGUAGACAUAGUUCCACCGCCUCCAGCAAAUUCUAAGCAGCCAGGUGUUACACGUUCCUUACUGUAUAAUGGUUCAAAGUUUCAGGGCCAUCAGAAGUCUAAAGGAAAUAGCUACGAAGUUGAAGUAGUUCUGCAGCACGUUGACGAAGAAAAUUCCUAUUUAUGCGGUUACCUCAAGAUUAAAGGACUAACAGAAGAAUUCCCAACCCUCACGACAUUUUUUGAUGGUGAAAUUAUUAGUAAAAAGUAUCCAUUCUUAACAAGAAAGUGGGAUGCAGAUGAAGAUGUAGACAAAAAACAUUGGAGUAAAUUCGGAUCCUUCUACCAGUAUGCAAAAACGUUCAAUUCCGACAAUUUCGACUAUGAAGGCCUGAAAACAACCGACUACGUCUUCAUGAGGUGGAAAGAGCAUUUUCUUGUUCCUGACCACACAAUCAAGGAUAUUAAUGGAGCAUCAUUUGCAGGAUUUUACUACAUCUGUUUUCAGAAAUCAGCAGCUACGAUCGAAGGCUACUAUUACCAUAGGAGUUCGGAAUGGUACGACUGUAAACUAUGUGAUAAGCUGUACCAACCCCAGCUCUGGUAUCAGUCUCUGACAUUAAGUCAUGUUCCAGAACACAGUAUACAGAUCUAUGAGUUCAGAUGAAAGUGGAGCAAAGGAAUUGGAUUUAUUCAUGUUGAGAUGUACUAUAACACCUGUUACAAAUUUGGACUUAAUUUUGUGUCGCAAGGUGCAGAAGCAAAUGUAAUUUGGUCAGUGAUGAUUUAGCAAAAUGAGAAUGGAACAAUAUAUUCUUUUGCUAAUCCCUUACUGGAUAAAUAUGCUCAUUCACUACAAAGCAUGAAAGCGUUUUGUAAUUUUCAUGUUAGGAGAGUGACGAGCUGUUGUUAAUUUUUAUUUUUAAUUAACAUUUUUUUUUAAGUUUAAUUUUUCCUUGAAAGCUUAAUGUCAAGGAGUGUAAUGAGUUAUACUUGUUGCAUAUUACUGGAUUGAAUGUACAGUAACAGCAUGUUUCACAGUGCUCUGUUGUAUUUGUGUUUAUAUAACCACAGUAUAUUAUUCCAGAAAUACAUGUAAUUGGUAGCAUAAUA